AUGUCUUUACGCGGUCAGUGCAUCAUUUGUUACUCAGCAUUCACGCCGACAACAGUCUCUGCUUUACCAUGUGGACACACGUUUCACGAGCAGUGCAUCCGACAGUGGCUAGAUACACCUGGUCGAGGAUGCCCGAAUUGUCGGGGAAGAUGUCGCGCAAAAGAUGUUACUCGUAUUUUUUUCGAUAUGGGCGGCUUGAAUGAUACUUUGAACGUGACAACACAGGAGAGUGGUGAAGCUCUACUGGCCAAAAACGAGGACUUACAAGCUCGUUUGGAUGAUGUUGCUGCUAAAGAAUCGAAGGCAAAGAAGGAUCUCUCUAUGGAAAUUGAUCGCCGGAUUAAACUAGAAACUCUUGCUGCAAGUGAAAAAAGGACGGCGAAAAAGGCUACUCAGAAACUCGUGUUAAAAGAGGCUGAAUUAUUGCAAGUUCGAUCCAUGCUACACGACGUUAAUGAAACGAAGAGCGAGAACAAGCUCUUAAAGCAACAGCUUGAAGCUAGUGAUUUUUACAAGGAUUUAUUCCGUGGAAGCAAGCCGGUUGAGGCCAUUGAGGCGUAUAUUAAUACGAGAGGAGAUCCAGACUCAGGCAAAUUUAUGGAGCUUCAAUCUCGGGCUCUUGACGCAGAAAAGAAGAAAUGUCGUAAAAUGGCACAAGAUCUGGAAGCGAAGAAUAAAAGGCUUUCUGAACUUGAAAUGGAGAAGAAACAUUUGCAAGAGGCGGUGCGCACGCUCACUGAAGAAUGCAAACAUCAAGGAGUGACAACACCUCAGAAUCCAAAAAUUAAAAAGCUAUUGGCUCUCAGCCCCCCACGCAGAGACUCCUUAGAUGUAUUCAACGGAUCUAUCAGUGAUAGCGUUUUGAAGUCAGCAAUGAGGGGUAAAGGCCCUGUUAUGUCUUUUAAAACCGAAGCUACAAAGAAGCCCACAUGGUCCGAGGAGAAGAAAAAAACAUCGAAUGUUGAUGAGUUUGACAAGAUUCGUGUUCCAAAAGGACUCACUCGACGAGUAUUGCCUUCAGCUACUACAAGUGGGACUAUGUCGUUCAAAAAUGUUAUGGAUGGACCUUCAGCUGUUAAGACCAAAAAUGUUUCCAAAAGUGGUUCGGAUGGACUUGGCGGCUCAAUUCAUCGUCUUGGUGAUCGUGCUCUGACCCGUAUCGAAAAUGCUCCUUCAAGCUCCUCGUCGGUUUUGGGUCGCUCGAGUUUGCCGCUUCAAAACUUCGCUACAAAACGUCCAGCUCCAGUUCAAUCAAUCAGUGAGGCUUUGAGGGCCAAAAAGAAGUUCACGAUCGGCAUCAAAUCCAACGUCAUCAAAUGCAACGUCAUCAAAUCCAAAGAGUGCAUCACUUUGGAC